GUCUGCAACCCUGUGGCUACAGAAACAGUUUACGUGUAAACUUCGAAGUGUCAAAAAAGCUUACGUGAGGAAAGGCGUAUCAAACUAUCAAUCGAAUACGUGGCAAAACAGACUGUUUUCCUUCACGAACCAGUUGGAAAAGAUCACUUCAUCUUCUGUACAUGUAAAGCUCGGCACAAUGAAGGCUCUUAUUCUGGUUGGAGGGUAUGGAACACGCCUUCGCCCUCUCACACUCAGUAGACCCAAACCUUUAGUUGAGUUUGCCAAUAAACCAAUGCUUAUGCAUCAGAUUGAAGCAUUGCUUGAAGCUGGAGUCACUCAAGUUGUUUUGGCUGUCUCAUAUAGAGCUGAGCAAAUGGAGAGUGAACUAAGGGCCGAAACGGACAAGUUGGGAAUUACGCUUAUAUUUUCGCAUGAAACGGAACCUCUUGGUACUGCCGGUCCUUUGGCGCUAGCCAAGGAUAUUCUAGCCUGUGGCGAUGAACCUUUCUUCGUUCUCAAUUCGGACGUCAUAUGUGAUUUCCCAUUCAAGGAAAUGGUAGAUUUUCAUAAGGCUCACGGCAAAGAGGGCACCAUAGUGGUAACGAAGGUGGAGGAACCUUCCAAAUAUGGUGUGGUUGUCUACAGUGAUCAAGGCCGAAUCGAAAAGUUUGUAGAAAAACCAACAGAAUUCGUCUCCAAUAAAAUCAACGCAGGAAUGUAUAUCUUUAAUCCUUCUAUCAUGAAGCGCAUUGAGUUACGACCCAUGAGUAUUGAAAAGGAAGUAUUUCCCUGUAUGGCAAAUGAAGCCGAAUUGUUUGCAUACGAGUUACAAGGGUUUUGGAUGGAUGUUGGACAGCCUAAGGAUUUUAUUACAGGCACAUCUCUUUACUUGAAAUCUGUGCGUGAAAAAAACCCUUCUAUGCUGUACACGGGUCCCGGGGCUGUGGGCAACUCAUUAGUAGACCCGACAGCAGUUAUUGGUGCGAACUGCCGAAUAGGCCCGAACGUAACUAUUGGGCCGGGAGUAGUAAUCGAAGAUGGUGUUUGCGUCAAGCGGUGUACUAUCCUACGAGAUGCAACAAUCAAAUCACAUUCGUGGCUAGACUCUUGCAUAGUUGGAUGGAAAUGUGUUGUCGGACGAUGGGUCCGACUCGAAAAUGUCACCGUUCUAGGCGAAGACGUCAUCGUCAAAGAUGAGAUUUACAUCAAUGGAGGCAAAGUUCUUCCCCAUAAAGCCAUAUCUGACUCUGUCCCUGAACCACAAAUUAUUAUGUGAACUACAAUUUACAAGCAUAAUUUUUUUGUUUUGUUUUUAAGAUACAUGUUUUACUUUGUGCCUUGUUCUCCUUCUGUUCUUAAAAAAAAAAAAAAAAAAAAAAAAAAAAAAAAAAAAAUUGGUACAAGUUUGGGAAAUGUGGUUUGGUCAGGGUUAUCUGCUGUGUAUCUACAAUAUGAAUAGCUAUUCUGACCACUUGCAGAAUACAAAACAUUCCUACAGUUUU